GGAUGCAUUAAAAAAGUGCUCUGAAUGUCUCUGGAGGUGCAUUGCCUGUCUCUAUUUUCCUGCCCAAUGCAAGUGAUGCUCUUCCUGCAUUUCACCAGAAGAGGGUAGAAUUUGGAAAGCGCUUGACGUCACCCUGGAAUUCCUAUUGUGCUUAAAAACAGCAAGGGAAAACAAGCACAACUUUCUCCUUGGCAUACUACUAGCCCUUGCUUGAAGGAGCAAGUGAGGAACUCCAGAUGCCCUUCAUACCAGAAGAAGCCAAGUCAAAGCAACAGCUGCCUGUGGGACAUAGCUUUCCUCUCUCUCAGAACUGGCUGUGAGUUCACUUUUCUUCUUCUUCUUCUUCACGCACAAGGCAUUAAUUGUACAAGAUUAUCUGAUGGCAGAUCAAUGCCACUUCAGAAAAAAAGGAAAGCCCGAAACAUUCUCAAAUACCGGGUGAGUUCCCUUAUGCGUUUCUUCUUCUACUUCUUCAUAUUGUCCAAAUCGGUUGGAACAAGAUCUGUUUUCCGAACAACUGUGCUCUCAUAGGGAAGUAGCCAGAGGACUUGUCACUGCAGCUUGUUGCUUACUUUGCAAGGUUUCGCACCCUGCAGAUUUGUUUCUGUAACCUUUUCUAGCCCUGUUCAAAAUCAGUGCUGUUCAGAUUUUAUUCACACACAUCUGGCUGUCUCCGAUUUCUGACAAAGCUACUUCAGUACAGAUUUGUGGGUGGAGGAGGCUGUAAGAGAUAAAGCUGCAAUAAAAUUUAAAAUGGAAGAUGACAUUAGUUUUCCAGAGCUGGACAGUGAUGGGUCCGAAAGCAGUGAAGAAAUUGAAAUUAUUGUCAAUGUUGGUGGAGUGAGGCAGGUCUUGUACGGAGACCAUUUAAACCAGUUCCCAGGCACCAGGCUGGCAAAGCUUUUGAACUGCUUACCAGGGGGAUAUGACACUAUUUUCUCACUUUGUGAUGACUAUGAUCCUGGAAAAAGAGAGUUUUAUUUUGAUAGAGAUCCAGAUGCUUUUAAAUGCAUUAUUGAUCUCUACUAUUUUGGGGAGGUGCACAUGAAGAAAGGGAUAUGCCCCAUCUGCUUUAAGAAUGAAAUGGAGUUCUGGAAAGUGGACUUGAAAUACCUGGACGAUUGCUGUAAAACUCUGCUCAGUGAAAAGAAGGAGGAACUUGAAGAAAUUGCCCGAAGGGUCCAGUUGAUCUUAGAUGAUUUGGGUUUGGACUCAUCUGAAAGCAGCUGGAAAAGGUGCAAAAAAUAUAUUUGGAAAUUCCUGGAGAAGCCAGAAUCUUCCUAUCCAGCUAGAGUAGUAGCUGUCAUAUCUUUUCUGCUUAUUCUCCUCUCCUCGGUGGUGAUGUGUGUGGGGACUAUCCCAGAACUGCAAGUGUUGGAUGAUGAGAAGAAACCUGUGGAGCACCCAGCUCUGGAUAUGAUUGAGACAGCUUGCAUAGUGUGGUUUACCCUCGAAUAUGUCCUUAGGCUUGUCUCCUCAUCUAACAAGUUGCGCUUUGCUCUCUCUUUCAUGAACAUCAUUGACAUUUUUGCCAUUCUUCCAUUCUACAUCAGCCUGUUACUGACACAUUUGGGGGCCAGAUUGAUGGAGUUAACCAACGUGCAGCAAGCUGUCCAGGCACUGCGGAUCAUGAGGAUUGCCAGGAUUUUCAAACUGGCACGCCACUCAUCUGGUCUGCAGACUCUGACCUAUGCUCUUAAGCGGAGCUUCAAGGAACUGGGGCUUCUGCUGAUGUACUUGGCUGUGGGGAUCUUUGUGUUUUCUGCCCUUGGUUACACAGUGGAGCAAAGUCACCCUGACACACUGUUCAAGAGCAUCCCUCAGUCCUUUUGGUGGGCAAUCAUAACCAUGACCACAGUGGGUUAUGGGGACAUCUACCCAAAGACAACGCUGGGGAAGCUCAAUGCUGCCAUCAGUUUCCUGUGUGGGGUCAUUGCCAUUGCGCUGCCCAUCCAUCCUAUCAUUAAUAACUUUGUCAGAUAUUAUAACAAGCAGAGGGUUUUAGAGACAGCAGCCAAACAUGAACUGGAACUGAUGGAGCUAUAUGCAGGUGAAAGGAAGAACGGAAGUCCUAAAGACGAAUUAGGAUGUCACUGGGGGAAAGAAAAGGACAAUUCUCAGUGGAGUGGCCGACUCAAAUUUUCCUACAGUGACACCUUCAUUCACCUCCUCUUAGAUGAGCACCGCCAUCCAAACAGGCUUCAGAGCUGUAAGUAGGUUGUAAGCGUGUUUCCAUUCAGCAGGUGAACAAUCUCACAUGGAAACAAGCAAAGGAACUUCUUUGAUCAGCUUCUCUUUCACACCCACCCACCUACACCCCUCAGCAACUCCAUCUCAGUUUGGUAAGCCCUUGUUUAAAAAAGAAAACCCAAGGUUAAACACAACAAACCUUAUGGCCAGACAGAAUGCACCCAAUUUCUUUGUAAUCAUUUCAGUGGGCAAAACAACCAUGGCAAUUGUGAUUGGUAAAUGUAUCAUGUUUUGG